AUUUUCUUCUACGCAAGAAGAGGAGAGAGAGAGAGAGAGAGACUUCUAGAGAGAGAAAGGCAGUUUUGAAGAGGUUUGAUUUUUGAAUGUGACUUGACUCCUCACUAUAUUAUGCUCUGGGUGUCUGGUAGAGUUAAAGCUCGAAUAGUUUAGUUGGGCGUUUUCAAACUUCAGCUGCUUGAGUUCUUAUUUAAUUCAUUUGUUUUCCUCUAGUGAUUUGGACCGUUUUGUGUCUGCUUCUCUGUUUAUACGAAAAAAGAGCAGCUACAGUCCUGGGCACUUCUGAUUCUGAAGACAGUCUUGUUUUGGAUCGUUUAAUUUUGAAGAUCCAACUGAUAUUGAUUGCUGAUUUUGGAGGUAUUAAUGAAUUCCAGCUUGGGGUGAGACUCAAGUUUGAAGGCAAAGCUAUAGUGGGUUACUGAUUCUUUAAAGCAUCUACUUGUUGCUGCAAUUGAGAGAGAAAGUGUAAAGAUUUGAAGAUCAAGCUAGCUAUGUGGGUUGCUUUCUGGAGAAGAGGACAAAUUCUAGUUCCUGAGGAUUAAAGAAGCAGAAUAUACAGUCGAGGGGAAGCAAAUGGCAAAGGGCUUUGAAUGUUGAGGGAAGUCAAAGCAAUUUGAGUUGGUGAUCAAUCUGAUUCAGAUCAUAUAGAUAUAGAAAUCAUGGUGGAAGAUAGAGGAAAAGAAGUUGUAAGAGAUAUUCUAUCAGUGGAAGACUGGUUAUCGCAUGCGCAAGAGCUAGUUCCUUUAACACUUGCUGCGGCAAAGGAGGUUAAAGGGUUUCCUGGUCGAUGGAAAAUGAUAAUUUCCAAGUUGGAGCAGAUCCCUUCACAUUUAUCAGACUUGUCAAGCCACCCGUGCUUUUCCAAGAAUACACUUUGCAACGAGCAAUUGCAGGCUGUGUCAAAGACACUCAAAGAAGCAAUUGAAUUGGCAAAUUUAUGUACGAUUGACAAGUAUGAAGGGAAACUAAGGAUGCAAAGUGAUCUUGAUGCAUUAUCAGGUAAAUUGGAUUUGAAUUUAAGAGAUUGUGGGGUUCUGAUAAAGACAGGAGUGCUUGGCGAAGCUACUUUGCCUUUAGCUGUAGCUGGUUCUUCCUCGGAACCUGAGGCUGCAAUUCAUAGCAACAUAAGAGAAUUGCUUGCUCGGCUCCAGAUCGGACACUUGGAAGCAAAGCAUAAAGCUCUUGAUAGUCUUGUUGAUGUAAUGAAAGAGGAUGAGAAGACUGUCUUGGCUGUCUUAGGCCGGAGUAAUAUUGCUGCUCUAGUCCAGUUGUUAACAGCAACUUCUCCUCGUAUUCGGGAAAAGACUGUUACUGUCAUAUGUUCGCUUGCAGAAUCUGGAAGUUGUGAGAAUUGGCUUGUUUCGGAAGGUGUUUUGCCGCCUCUCAUAAGACUUGUUGAGUCAGGUAGCACAGUUGGUAAAGAGAAGGCUACCAUUUCUCUCCAGAGAUUGUCAAUGACAACUGAAACAGCCAGGGCAAUUGUUGGACAUGGUGGAGUUCGACCAUUGAUUGAAAUUUGUCGAAAUGGUGAUUCAGUAUCACAGGCUGCAGCUGCUUGUACUUUGAAGAAUAUAUCAGUUGUUCCUGAGGUUAGACAAAAUCUAGCUGAAGAAGGGAUUGUAAAAGUCAUGAUCAACCUUGUUGAUUGUGGAAUUCUGUUGGGAUCUAAAGAAUAUGCAGCAGAAUGCUUGCAGAAUCUCACUGCCAGCAAUGACAAUCUAAGGAGGAUUGUUAUUUCAGAAGGUGGAAUCCGAAGCCUAUUGGCAUAUCUUGAUGGUCCAUUGCCCCAAGAAUCUGCAGUUGGGGCGUUAAGGAAUUUGGUUACCUCAGUUUCUAUGGAAAUGUUGGUGUCUCUCGGUCUUCUUCCUCGCUUAGUUCAUGUCCUCAAAUCUGGAUCACUAGGUGCACAAGCAGCUGCUGCUUCUGCAAUUUGUCGGGUUUGCAGCUCAUCGGAGAUGAAAAAGUUGGUGGGUGAAGCUGGAUGCAUUCCUCUUCUCAUCAAAUUGCUUGAGGCUAAAUCAAACAUUGUCAGAGAGGUUUCAGCACAAGCAAUUUCAAGUUUAAUGACCCUGUCACAGAAUUGCAGACAAGUGAAAAAGAAUGAUAAAAGUGUGCCAAAUUUGGUGCAAUUGCUUGACCCGAAUCCACAAAACACUGCAAAGAAGUAUUCUGUGUCAUGCUUAGCAUCUCUUUCUUCAAGUAAGAAAUGCAAAAAGCUUAUGAUUUCCUAUGGAGCAAUUGGGUACCUCAAGAAGCUUACUGAGAUGGACAUCCCAGGGGCUAAAAAGCUGCUCCAGCGUUUGGAAAGAGGCAAGUUAACUAGUUUAUUCAGCAGGAAAUGAGAAAACUUUGUAGCUAUGCUCUUUGUAUGAUAAAGUCGUUAUUUUUCUCCCUCAUGUAAUCUGUGUUUCAUUUUCUGUAUGAAACGGGGUAGUCAAUGAACAAGUCAGAAAGUGUAACAACCUAUGCAAUCAAUGUUAUAUAAGAUUUUCCUUA